UUGGGUUUCAACCCAGCGCGCAGGCGCACCGGAGAGCAAGCUCGGCUUGGCUGAGAAGGUGCUUAAACGGGAGGACUGGUUGUGAAACCCUGCCUUGAUUCCUCUAGAACAAGCGAGCUCUCCAUGGCUCACCUGGGUUUUGCUUGUGAACCUCCUCCUGAUGUCGACACAGAUGACUGUCUUCCGGAAUAUUCAUAUCUCUUCAAGCCUGACAUCCUCCAAGGAAAAGUGGCUUUCAUCACAGGCGGUGGCUCUGGAAUUGGAUUCCGCAUCGCUGAGAUCCUGAUGAGACACGGCUGCCAGUGCGUCAUUGCCAGCAGAAACCUGGAACGGCUGACGGAGGCGUCCAAGAAACUCUCUGCAGCUACCGGCCAGAGAUGCCUGCCCAUCUCCCUUGAUGUACGGCAACCUCAAAGCAUUUCAGCAGCUGUGGACGAGGCCCUCCAAGAAUUCGAGAAGAUCGACAUCCUAGUUAACAGUGAGGGUUUGGUGCUCGUGGAGUCCCUGGGGGCUCUUCUGAAUAUUCGUAAACCCAUCUGUCUCUUCAUAGACGCUAUGACGAAGCAUCUGGCUGUGGAAUGGGGGCCUCAAAGAAUUAGAGUGAUUAGCAUCGCCCCCGGUCCCAUCUCGGGCACAGAGGGGUACCGUCGCUUAGUUGUACCCGGUUUGGAUUCCGGCGGCUUCCUCCAGAACAUUCCCCUUCAGCGGGCCGGGAACAAGACUGAGAUUGCUCACAGUGUCCUCUAUCUGGUUAGCCCCCUCUCGUCUUACGUGACCGGCACGACGCUUGUGGUGGAUGGCGGUUGCUGGAUGACUUCGGAGAAUUCCUUUCCCUCACUGUUGGAUUUCUGGAUCAUAGAACUGAAGAGAGAUAAAUGAGAAAAGGACCCCCGACAUUUUAAGAAAGUGCCUUCAGUGCUUCUCCGCAAACCGUCUGUAUGGAUAACAGCCGCUCACCUUUCCUAGUUACAAGGUAGUUUAGAUAACCGGGGCCAAGCUGGUUUGUAAGAUGGGUUUUUGUCACCCAAAGAUUGGUGAUGGUGGCACAAAAACAUUACAGACGGCAUCCUGUUCACCCACCAGCAUCCACUCUAUCCCUGGAAGGUUGGCUGAGGCCCAAGUCCAUCAGUGGCAGAAACAUCUUGGACUAUGAUUUGAUUACUUAGUAAGCCUUUGUAUCAUUUUCAGUUCAUUCUCCACCACAAUUUUGGAUCCCAGGGG